AUGCAUUUGUUUGUACGUGGUCAAAAUGUACAUGCUUUGGAAUGUCAAGGAUUUGAGAAUAUUUCACAGAUCAAGAACAAAUUGGCUGCUUUGGAAGAUAUUGAAGAAAAUUUAAUUUCAUUGUAUAAUCAAGGUCAACCACUUAAUGACAACCAAAUUGUUGGAGAAUUAAACAACUUCAAUAUUGAUUUCAUUGUUCCAUUGCUUGGAGGCAAAGUUCACGGAUCCCUGGCUCGUGCUGGUAAAGUUAAGGGACAAACUCCAAAAGUUGAGAAAGUUGAAAAGAAAAAGAAGAAGAAAACUGGACGAUCAAAGAGACGUAUUCAGUACAACAGACGUUUCGUAAAUGUUGUUCAGACUUUUGGACGCAGGAGGGGACCAAAUGCCAACUCUUAA